AAGACAGAACAAAAGAUCUGUGAGGAGACAAGGCCAUCAGGGUAGCCACCUUGUUCAAGCAGAAACUGCUUCAUGUCUGACUCAGGGAGCUGGUGGAUAGAGAAACCAAGGCCCUUGCUCUCAUGAACAUACACCUAGUUUAAGGGGAAAGAUACACACAUACACACACGCACAUGCACACGCACAAACACCACUAGUGUCAAAAAUAGCCCCGUUCUUUGUUUUCAUGGCAUUGGCUGUUUUGAAGACUAUAAGCCAGUUAUUUUCUAGAAGUUCCCUCUAUUUGGCUUGUCUGAUGUUUCCUUGGGAUUAGAUAUAGGUUAUGCAUCCCUCGUCAGAAUAGUACAUAAUACUUAAGAAGAGACGAAGCAGCCAGGAGGGGAGCAGUGAGCGAGCGAGGAUGUUUGGCUUCUCUUUCCAGAUUUCUCAGACUUUCAGAGAGAAAGCCAGCAGGAAGUCUGUGAGACCCUAAGAACCACAGGCCCUCAGCUAACCUUCUCCCCUCCGAGGAUGACAAGGGCAUUAUUCAUCUCCUUGUUCAGCUGCCUUGUUGCCAUAACCCAGGCCAGCCUCAUCAAUCGCUGUGACUUGGCCAAGCUGCUGCACCAGGAAGAUUUGGAUGGGUUUGAGGGCUACUCCGUGAGUGACUGGCUGUGCCUAGCGUUUGUGGAAAGCCAUUUCAAUAUGUCAAAGGUAAAUGAAUAUGCAGAUGGCAGCUCUGACUAUGGCAUCUUCCAGAUCAACAGCCACUACUGGUGCAACGAUUACCAGAGUCACUCGGAAAACACCUGCCAUGUGGCAUGCCAAGACCUGCUGAGCCCCAAUCUUCUCGCAACCAUCCACUGUGCAAAAAAGAUUGUGUCCAGAGCAGGGGGGAUGAAGAACUGGGCAGAAUGGUCGAUACACUGUGCCGGCCGGCCACUCUCCUACUGGGUAACAGGAUGUCACAUGGGAUGAGGCAGGGUGCAGGCCUGCUGUGGAGUCAUUCUAAAACUCCUCUCCUCCCGUGGGGAUUCUGCCUCUUGCCUACACUUCAUGUUAUUUUCUUCCCUUUCCAUUUACAAAUAAAACUGACCAGAGCCCCAGGAAUAAAUGGUUUUCUCGGGCUUACUCCUUGUUCCCAUCCAGGCCCAGGACCCUGGCUGCUGAUUGUCAUUUGUAAACCAAGAGGACCACAAUGAAGAUGUUUCUGUAUUUUGGGAAUUAUUAAAACAUUCUUUGUGCAAAGAAUGUGUUAAGUAUUCAUGAUUAAUUCCACAUAUCUGAGAGCACCUAAUGUAGUUGGAGUAUGUUAGGUA